CUGCGGACCCCCACGAUGCUCCAGCCCCACCUGGACUUGAAGCCCUUCCUGCAGUUCCCCAUGGAGACCCAACAUCCUGCACACAGCAUGAACCUCUUCCACAACUUCAGCACGAUGGACCCGGUGCAGAAGGCGGUGAUCAACCACACCUUUGGAGUUCCUCUGGUCAAAACCAAGCGGCCAGUCAUCUCCUGUAACGUCUGCCAGAUCCGUUUCAACUCAGAGAGUCAGGCAGAAGCGCAUUACAAAGGAAACCGCCACGCCAGGAGAGUCAAAGGCAUCGAAACCUCCAAGACUCGUCCUCAGGAGGGGGACAAGCCUCACACUGUGCCCCCCUCCUGCUCCCCGUCUCCGCCCGGACCCCCGAGCAUCAUCUCAGACAUUGAGCCCAGCAAAGCCGAUGAACCACGGCUUCUUUCACAGUUAAAUGUGCACCUGCUGGCCCCGGGGCCCCUUCCAAACCUUCCCACCCUUCCCAUCCCGCCCGCCACGCCCAUGGACACCUCCGGGCCCACAGUGUGCCCCCUCCUGCCCACCCUCACCCCUCCCUUGAUCCCCCCUUCCCCCUCCCCAGGCUGCGGCAGUGGUGGCGCCCCCUCGGAGCAGCUGGGAUCCGGAGCGGGAGCCGGCGCCGCCUCGGCCUCCAGCAGCCCGUCCAACCCAGAGACAGAGGAGGACAAGGCCAAGAAGCUGCUGUACUGCUCACUGUGCAAGGUGGCAGUCAACUCAUUGUCACAGCUGGAGGCCCACAACAAAGGUACCAAACACAAAACUAUCCUGGAGGCACGGAGCGGGCUGGGCCCCAUCAAGGCGUAUCCUCGCCUGGGCCCCAAACCCAUUGGAGAGCAGGGAGGGGGGCCGGUGGACCCCAACACUCAGGAAAGAACCUUCCACUGUGAGAUUUGCAACGUGCGGGUCAACUCCGAACUACAACUCAAACAGCACAUAUCAAGUCGAAGGCACCGGGACGGCAUGGCGGGCAAGCCUAACCCACUCCUCAGCCGACACAAGAAGCACAGGGGAGCUGAUCUGACGUCUACUUUGACCUUCUCCAAGGAUCUCACCAAAGCUUUGGGUGCGGGCCUCUUGCCCAGCCCCUUGGCUGUUGCUGCAGCAAUGGCCGCUGCAGCCUCGUCGAACCAGAUGGCCCUCCGAGUGGCAGCGUCCGGGCAACACGCGCACCAUCAUCAUCAUCACCUAUUGCAAGGCCCACCUCUCAGCCACGCCAUCCUAAGACCUGCUCCGGGGCCCAUGCGCACCACCCACGGGCCAAUCCUCUUCUCCCCUUACUGACACAUCACCGGCUGACUCCGGCCAGGCAGGAACAGCCACUCCAAAAGCACACUGUGAAGAUACAAACAUGAUCA